AUGGCAGCACAUUUCUGGAGUCUAGCAUGGCUACUUUCUUUCCUUACUUAUGCUCACUGCGAUCUCUAUCAAGUGAAUGACCAGAUUGGAGUCGGGCGUCGCUUUGACGGUAUUGGUGGCUUGAGCGGCGGCUCCGCAACAUCGAAGCUGCUUAUUGCAUAUCCUGACCAACAGAGAAAUGAAAUCUUAGACUAUUUAUUUAAACCCAAAUUUGGAGCAUCGCUGCAGAUACUGAAAGUGGAGAUUGGUGGAGAUGCUCAAGCUUCAGAUGCAACGGAGGCAUCUCACAUGCAUGUGGAAUGGGAAGAGAACUACCAGAGAGGAUAUGAGUGGUGGUUGAUGAAGGAAGCCAAGAAGCGCAACCCAAAUAUCCAGUUGUAUGGGCUCCCUUGGGCAUUUCCAGGGUGGCUUGGUCAUGGGACUCAGAACCCAUAUUAUGACAGACAGAAAUUGGCAAACUACAUUUACAAGUGGAUCUGGGGGGCAAAGGUUUAUCACAACCUCACAAUAGACUACAUCGGGAUCUGGAAUGAACAAAAUUGUGACUUACAGUAUAUCAUGGUUCUACGAGACAUACUGGAUAGAAAUGGCUUUAUGAACACAAAAAUUGUGGCUACAGAUUCCUGGUGGUCUGCUAUAUCAGAUAUUGAAUUAUAUGCUGAAGUGACUGCUGCAGUUGAUGCUUUAGGGGUACACUAUCCUGGUGUGUUGUCUCCAGAUUCAGCCAUCAACUCAGGAAAGCAGUUGUGGUCUUCGGAAGAUUAUAGUUCAUUCAAUGAUGAAGUUGGUGGAGGUUGCUGGGCCAGAAUUCUUAACCAGAAUUAUGUGAAAGGUCUAAUGACAAGCACCAUUGCAUGGAAUUUGAUUGACAGUUUCUACCAGGCUCUUCCCUGGGAUAGAGAUUCUCUGAUGACAGCCAGAGAGCCCGUGGAGUGGCAACUAUAUUCUCAUACAACACAGUUGUCAGAGAUUGGCUGGAGGUACUUGCCACAUGACCAUGGCGUAGGGAUGCUGAAUCAGGGGGGCAGCUAUGUGACUCUAGUCAGCCCUGAUUUGAGUCAUCUCACUAUUGUUAUUGAAGCAAUGAGCCAUAACCACUCCUUGUGCAUUCGACCUAAACUUCCAUGGUACACUGUGACGACACAAAAUGUCACCUUUGUCUUGACAGGAAGUUUUAGCAAAAUAAGCCAGCUGUUUAUAUGGCAGAGUACACUAACGUUUAAUGGAACCACGCCUACAUACUUCAAAAGUCUUGGAACUGUACCGGUCAUAAAUGGACAAGUCACCAUUAUUAUACAGCCAGACCAAAUAAUCUCUUUGACAACCCUUAAUGAUGCCACACAUGGAGAGUAUCUCCAGCCGCCUCCUUCUGCUCCAUUUCCUUUGCCAUUCAUUGAAAACUUUGAAGAUUAUCCAGUAUCAUCUGAGCCAUACACUAUGGCCCCACAGCAAGGAUCUUAUGAUGUGGUUGAUGUUGGUGGUGAACAUGGGAAGGUGAUGAGACAGAUGGUCCUGCAGACACCCAUUGCUUGGUGUAGUGGCACCCUUAAUUAUAAUGGCACUCUGAAUGUUGUGGGCAGCUUUAACUGGACCGAUAUUACAAUUUCUACUGAUAUCUUGCUUGGAGGCGUUAAUGCAUCUGAUGGUGCUUUUAUUGGAGUCAGAAUUAACAAUGGAGGAUGCACCACAUAUGCAGCUAUGGGAUUAUUUUUCUUCACCUACCCUAAUGAUGGCCGCUUCUCACUUACAAGUGACGUCUUGGGGAAAAAUGUGAUUGUAUCAGGACGAGAAAGCGGAGUUAUAGUACCUGGCUGGAAUACAUUGACACUCUCUGUUAAGGGCACAGUGGCAACUGGGAUUUGCAAUGGAGUGGAGCUGUUUUCAGUGCUUGUCCCAAGUUUCCCUGCCAAUGGCUUUGCUGGUGUUGGCACUGAUAUUUAUGGAUAUGCAGACUUUGACAACAUCCAAAUUACCAAUGCUGCGGAUCCAUCUGCGAGCAAAAAGAAGAGCAAGGCUCUAUACUUUCAGAAGGAAAGCCAUGACGUAUCUGCUUAA